CCCCGCCCGCCGCGUCGCCGCCCGGCCGCUCCCCUGGUAAUUCGUGCUGCGCCACAGCUAUGGCUGCGCUGACGGUGAAAGCUUACCUGCUGGGCAAGGAGGAGGCGGCCCGCGAGAUCCGCCGCUUCUCGCUGCCGCCGCCCGCGCGCUACCAGGCCAUCUACGACCGUGUCGCCGAGCUCUUCCAGGGGCUGCUGCGGGCCGGGGCGCCGCCCGCCUUCCGCAUGCACUACCGGGAUGAGGACGGGGACCUGAUCGCGUUUUCCACCGACGAGGAGCUGGAGAUGGCGAUGCCGUACGUGCGGGAUGGCGUGUUCCGUGUGUACAUCAAAGAGAAAAAGGAGUGCAAGCGGGAACAUCGCUCGCAGUGCAGCCAGGAGCCUUCCAGGGACAUGGUGCACCCCAAUGUAAUCUGUGACGGCUGCGAGGGACCGGUUGUGGGCUCCAGGUUCAAGUGCACAGUCUGUCCCGACUAUGACCUGUGCAGCACCUGUGAGGGUAAAGGCAUCCACAAGGAGCACAACAUGGUGAUGUUUCAAAGUCCGCUGCUAAAUCCAUUCGAGUGGAUUCCUCGAGGACGCUGGCUCCGUAAAAGGCGGCAUGGUGUUCCCCCCUUCCCGUGGAUGCACUGCUGGGGAUAUCCUGGCCCUGCUGCUCCAUGCCAAAACUCCGAACAAGCCCAAGCCAGUGCUGCAGCGUCCAGCCCACCUGCUGCAGAAGAAGCUUCUACUAACAGUCAGCCUCAGGACCCCAACGUCACCUUCCUAAAGAAUGUUGGGGAGAGUGUUGCAGCUUUUCUCAGCCCCCUGGGUAUUGAAGUUGAUAUUGAUGUGGAACAUGGAGGACAGAGAAGCAAAGUGACUCCUGCUUCUCCCACUCGAGAGAACAGUGCUGAGUCAGGCAGCAGCGCUGUUAACCAAAACCUUCAGACCAAACCAGACCAGAACACCACAGCUUCUGCUAGAGAAGUAAAUGCUGUUGCAGAGCAGAUACAAGACAUGGUGAUAGAUCCUGUGCCCACACAAAUGGAAGAUGGCAGCUUCCAGUCCCAGGAACACAGCGAGUCCAGCAGUUCAUCAGGGGUUGAUGAAGACUGGACCCACUUAUCUUCUAAAGAAGUGGAUCCUUCCACGGGUGAACUGCAGUCUCUGCAAAUGCCAGAGACGGAGGGUCCCAGCUCCCUGGAUGUAUCACAGGAUCCUCCCCAACCAGGACCUACAGGAUUGCGAGAAGCCGCACUCUACCCACAUCUCCCACCAGAAGCAGACCCUCGCCUCAUUGAAUCUCUGUCCCAGAUGCUCUCUAUGGGCUUCUCUGAUGAGGGGGGAUGGCUCACUCGACUCCUGCAGACAAAGAACUGCGACAUUGGGGCAGCACUAGAUGCCAUCCAGUAUUCCAAGCAGCCACCUCACUUGUAGUCUGUGUAACAAAAAGCACUUCCUCCUAACUGAAAGCAGACAAUGCGGUACAAGUCACUGAGCUGUUCAUCCUUCUUCCUGCUAAGGGCUUCUGUCUCAUAUUCCUAAGUGCUUGUAGAAUGGAGGAAAAAUAAAU